GCCUCGCCGGGAACGUAGGAGUCUUCGUUCAGAGUGGAGAGCAUAUGUCGAUGCGAAUCGAAGGGAUGUAUAGGUGGUGCAUGGUUCGGUACGUUAUGAAUCCUGCUCCUCCAGGCCAUAACUUGCUCGGUGACUUUCAUAUGAUUCUUCUACUCCCAAUGAGCUCUCCAGUUUCGGUACAAGAACAACGCACUCACCAAAAUCUCUCCCUCGCAGCUACAACAUUCUCCAGGCCGAACGUGCCUAUCUGCAAUGUGGCGGUCCAAUCUCGGACCUCCGAUACUGGUGCCUCCGAGUCCUCGAUGCUGUGGGGUGAAUUCAUUGGAAGCUGACUUGGAAGCUGGCAAGUUGGUAUGGUCGUUGUACUAAUUUGAAAUGACCAGCCCUGAACCUGAAGACGCGCCUUUGUUUUCUUCUCAGACGUCUGGCAAACCACGGCCAAGUUGGCAUGAAUCACUGCCUGGUGCAUGUACAACAAAAUUUCUCUGCAAUCGAGUUCUCUCCUCGAUUGGCCCGCCACGCGAAUAUGAAUAGGACCGUUUUCCUUUC